AUGUCAUUAGAUGAACGGGAUUCAUCAAAUGAAUAUAAAACAAAACCGUUACUAGAAAAAAAUGAUGUCGACGACUAUGGAAUUUUGGAUGGAAAACAUACACCACAAAACAUUGCAUUAUAUAGUUAUUUAUUUGGAGUUGUAACUGGCGGAUCUAUUGCAAUUGCAUAUUACUCUGAAACUAUUCCUCAACUUGGUGUCUUCUUUGCUACAUUAUCUAUUUUUCAUAUAUUAGAAUAUAUCAUAACAGCAAUGCCAUAUCAUAUCGCACAUACAGCAGGAGUUUUAGAGUAUUCCAUAGAAUUAUUUUUUUUCCCUAAUUUAAAAACAAUAAGGUUGUUUCAUUAUACAGGUUUUGCAUUAAUACUGAUCGGACAAACCGCAAGAACUUUAGCGAUGUGUCAUGCUAAAUCCAAUUUCACUCAUAGUAUUCAAUAUGUAAAAAGACAAGAACAUACACUUGUCACCACAAGGAUAUACCG